UUGUAUAACAAGUUCACAUGCUAGAUAGUAGUACACAGCAAAACUAAAACGAGAUCUUAAUGGAUUCACGUUAAACGAAUAAAUCAUUUAAAAGAGUCGGGUCGUUGUGAAGUUACUUGGCAAUGCCAGUAGAAGGUAACAAGGACCAGGCCCUGGCUCCCCUGUCCAGCCCUGUCAGCGCCCUUACUCCUGGAGUCCAAGAAGACAAUGGCCUUUCCAUCCCCGGAAGCAGCAAGGAAGAGCCAGUGGCUACAUGUCCAGAGAAUGUUGGGUCACAAAAUCCUAGAAAAUCCCAGGCCCUGCUCCAGAUCAACCGUCAGGAGAUCCAGUCAGUGGACCGCAACUCUCAGGCUGCUGAGCUGCAGGGAUUGGGAGUGGAUGUGUAUGACCAGGAUGUUCUCGAGCAAGGUGUGUUGCAGCAGGUGGACAGGGCCAUUCAGGAGUCCAACCAAGCAGCAGCCAAAGCUGAGGCCGAGAAAGAAUAUGAGUCUGUACUGGAUGACGUCAGGUCAUGUACAACUGCUUUGAAACACAUCAACAAAAUUUUAGAGCAGUUAGCCCCUCAUGCUGCCUCUAGCAAAGACAUCAGUAGGAAAAUUGAGUCUGUCAAACGACAAAAAGAGAACAAGGAGAAGCAGUUAAAAAAGAUCAGAGCCAAGCAGAAGAGAUUGCAGGCUGUUCUUGAUGGAGAGGAUAUCCAGAAGCUUGAGGCAGAAUUAUUGAUUGAGGAUGACGAAGAACCAGGCCCAUCCACUUUGGGCAGCAUGCUUAUGCCAGCUCAGGAGUCUGAAUGGGAAGAGCUCAUCCGCACAGGUCACAUGACCCCCUUCGGUUCACGGAUCCCUCAGAAGCAAGAGAAGAAAAAGCCUCGAAAGGUUAUGCUCAGCGAGAACUCCGGAUUCGACAAGUACCUCGCCGACCAAGCCAUGUUAGCGGAUAGCAGGAAGAGACCCAUCUUAAAGAAGAAGAUCACUAAGAAGCACUCAGGACAGACCACAGGUGGCAAAGAGCAAAAGAACAGAUCGCUCUCCAGCAAAGAAAAGAAGCUCCAAAAGCGAAUGCGUAAGCUCCAGAGGACCGCCCUGAAGGCUCACCCCAAAGCCAGGCCCAAGGUGGAGAAGGAGCUGCCCCGAGCCAGGAGGAGGAAAGGCGAUGGGGAGCAGACGUCCGACAGCGAGGGUUCAGAGUACGUCCCGAGCGAUGAGCUGAUGGAUCCCGAGGAACCAGAGAGAGAUGAUGAUGAGUUCUGGGUGGAUGAAGAUGAAGAAUACCAACUUAAACCAUACAAGAAGAAGAACCAGGCCAAAACCAGGAAGCCCAAGAAGGAGGAUGAGAGCAACGAGUACAUCCCUAGCAGCUCAGAGGAUGAAGACUCUCAGAAAGGAGGAAAAGUCAAGAAAUGUAAAGAUGAUGGAGAUAUUGAGUAUUACAGGCAAAGGAUUAGGAAGUGGAAAAGGCAAAGACUUCGGGAAAAAGAGGCGAAGAGAGAAGCAGGAGAGGAUGAGUCCGAGGAGAGUGAAGCAGAAUUUGAUGAAGGAUUUAAAAUGCCUGGUUUCCUCUGGAAGAAACUCUUCAAGUAUCAGCAGACAGGUGUCGGGUGGAUGUGGGAACUGCACUGCCAGCAAGCAGGAGGCAUUCUGGGAGAUGAGAUGGGCCUGGGCAAGACCAUCCAGAUAAUUGCCUUCCUGGCAGGCCUGAGCUACAGCAAGCUAAAAACACGUGGCUCCAAUUACAGGUAUGCUGGAUUGGGGCCCACGGUCAUUGUAUGUCCAGCUACAGUCAUGCAUCAGUGGGUGAAGGAGUUCCACACUUGGUGGCCUCCAUUCCGUGUUGCUGUCCUCCACGACACGGGCUCCUUCACCAGCAAAAAGGAGAAGCUCAUCCCGGAAAUAGUGGCCAGUCAUGGCAUCCUCAUCACUUCCUACUCAUACAUCCGCAUUAUGCAAGAUUACAUCCAGAAGUACGACUGGCAUUAUGUCAUCCUGGAUGAGGGCCACAAAAUUAGGAACCCCAAUGCCGGGGUUACUAUGGCAUGCAAGCAGUUCCGGACACCCCACCGUUUUAUCCUCUCUGGCUCACCCAUGCAGAACAACCUCAAAGAGCUGUGGUCGCUUUUUGACUUUGUGUUUCCAGGGAAGCUGGGGACUCUGCCUGUCUUCAUGGAGCAGUUCUCCGUACCCAUAACCAUGGGAGGAUACGCUAAUGCGUCUCCAGUGCAGCCUUUCAUCCAAUCAUCAACAGUUACAGCCUAUAAUGUUUUACUGUCUGAACAGGUCCUGUUCUGCAGAUUAACGGAAGAUCAGCGGCAGGUUUACCAGAAUUUUCUGGACUCCAAAGAGGUUUAUCAGAUUCUGAAUGGAGACAUGCAGGUUUUCUCAGGCCUCAUAGCUCUGAGGAAGAUCUGCAACCACCCGGAUCUAUUCACAGGCGGGCCGCGGUUGCUCCGAGGCAUCCCUGACGAUCAGCUGACCGAGGAGGAGCACUUUGGUUACUGGAAACGCUCUGGGAAGAUGAUUGUGGUGGAGUCACUGCUGCGCCUGUGGUUCAAACAGGGACACAGAGUUUUGCUUUUCACCCAAUCCAGGCAGAUGCUGGAGAUCUUGGAGGUGUUCGUGAGGGAGAAUGGCUUCUCGUAUGUCAAAAUGGAUGGCACUACUACCAUUGCGUCCAGGCAGCCUCUGAUCACUCAGUACAACCAGAACAAAGACAUCUUCAUCUUCCUCCUGACAACAAGAGUUGGAGGUUUGGGAGUCAAUCUGACUGGAGCCAAUAGGGUUGUAAUCUACGACCCUGACUGGAACCCCAGCACGGACACUCAGGCUCGUGAGCGUGCCUGGAGGAUUGGGCAGAAGCAGCAGGUGACUGUUUACAGGCUGCUGACAGCUGGAACAAUUGAGGAGAAGAUUUACCACAGACAAAUUUUCAAACAGUUUCUCACCAACCGAGUGCUAAAGGAUCCUAAGCAGAGGCGGUUUUUCAAGUCUAAUGACAUUUAUGAACUUUUCACACUGAGCAAUCCUGACGGCUCCCAGGGAACAGAAACCAGUGCAAUAUUUGCAGGCACAGGGUCAGAUGUGCAGGUUCCAAAAAGACACAAGACCUCCCGUCCUUCUCAGGGGAGCUCGAGACCAUCAUUGUCUCAUUCAUCUGCAUUUUGUGUUGAAGACCAAGAUACAACAUCUCUGUCAGAAAACAGAAACUCUACCUCAGUCAACGGUCUGUCAAACAACAAUGCUUCUGGGUCACAGAACAAUAACCUUGAACCUCAUUCCACUGCUGAUCGUUUGACAAACAGCACUAGUAAAGAUCAUUCUCCUGCGAACAGCCCUCAAAAGCACAGAGAGAAGAAAAAGCACUGUGAAACGCCAGAAAAGGACUUGUUACCCUCAGACAGACACAAGCGCAAGCAUAAAAAGCGCAAGCACUCUGAAGACGCCAAGUUUGAGGGCUGUCGCAUUUCUCACCUGUUGAAGAAACGGAGGUACAAGAAAGAGGAAAAUGAGAAGGGGAAGGAGGAAAAAAAUGAGAAAAAGAGUGACGAUUAUGUUCUCGCCAAGCUCUUUAAAAAAUCAGGGAUACACAGCGUCAUGAAGCAUGACACCAUCAUGGAGGCAUCGAACCCGGACUAUGUGCUUGUGGAAGCUGAAGCCAGUAGGGUUGCGAAGGAUGCGCUGAGAGCUCUGAAGAUCUCCAGGCAAAACUGCAGGCUUUCUUUCUCGAGAGGGUCUACAACAGCAACCCCACCUCCAGUCAAGAGAAGGUUUGGGCAGAAGAAAAACUCACUUCUGUCUCAGUCAUCUGGGACAACAGCAAAAGCAGCAGAGAAAUGCAAGGAUGCAGAUGUUAUAAAGAAGUCAGUUGUAAAGAAGCCAGGAUCUGCUGCUCACUUCAGCGGUGAAGGAGCGCAGGAGGAGUCUGGUUCUCUGUCCUCAUCCUCUCUCCUUGCUGGAAUGAAGGCCAGGAAUCACCUCAAUCAACCCCAGAGACAAGAGGAUGAGGAAGAGGACGAGAGAGAGUCUACUGCCGUGCAUGCUACCCCCACAGAACAUGAUGAGCUUUUGGUUGACCUGAGGAACUUUGUGGCCUUCCAAGCUCAGGUGGAUGGCCAGGCGAGCACCAAGGAGAUCCUGGAGUACUUCACCCCGAGACUCACUUCCACACAAACAGCAGUGUUCAGAGAACUACUAAGGAAUAUUUGUGAGUUCCACAGACUUCCUGGACAGGAAGGGAUGUGGAAGCUUAAAGCUGACUACAGGUAAAUGGAGCGGCGCAUAUGAAAACUAUUAGCUGAGAAGCUCCAAAUGGAAUGUAUACCUCACACUUGGGAACACAGGUGAUUCGAUGCAUCAGUUAUUUUAAGAUUAUAAAGUGUAAAUGCAAUUAAUUUCAAUAAACUUCCUAGAACUUUCCAAGAACUUUCCAGGUUGGCUGUAAAAAGUACAAAAGAAUUGUAUUGGCCCUAUUAUUGUAAAACGCUCCAAUUGUAUGAAAAAAUAAAUAUGAUGUCAUUCUUUUGUUUGUUUUUGUAAAAUUCCUGGAAAUUACUUGAACUUGGGGAUCUCUUGAAAAUGUGUUAUUCAUGCAAUUAUUGUUGAGACCAGUACUUUUUUUUUUUUUUGCUAUACUGUUAUAAUACUUUUUCUAUUCACUCAAUUAUUGGUACUCAGUUCUACCAAUAAUUUGGCAAUAAUGGAAAAUGUACAUUUUAUAUAGGGUUUCUACCCUAUACAUGUGCUUGGUGCCAAUUUGUUUACAUGACAUUUUAGUAAGUGAAGGUGAUUUUGAAACUUAUAAAAUCAAUAUUAUUUAAUGUCUUGAGAGUAUCUACCCCUGCCUUCCUCUUACUGUUUGUUCAGUAAGAACAAUUUAGAUUGAAUGUAAUUGCAAUGUGUAAAGCCAGUGAUGGUGUUGAGGGAAUACUGUACACAUUUUAACAAUUAAAUUGAUUCAUUAAAAGUUACCCAAUAAAAGAUCACCCUU